CGUCCUGAUCACCAUUAGAUACGUUUGAUUCUAUUGGGAGACUGCCAAGAUGUCUAAGAUCUCAGUCGCCAACGUCCGGACUCAAGUCGGAGAGCUCCUUGAGUACUCCAACGAGACCAAGAAGCGCAACUUCCUCGAGACCGUCGAGCUCCAGAUCGGCCUCAAGAACUAUGACCCCCAGCGUGACAAGCGUUUCUCUGGCACCAUCCGCCUGCCUUCCAUCCCCCGCCCCAACAUGGCCAUCUGCAUCCUCGGUGACCAGCACGAUCUCGAUCGUGCCAAGCACGGUGGUGUUGACGCCAUGUCGGCUGAUGACUUGAAGAAGCUGAACAAGAACAAGAAGCUCAUCAAGAAGCUUGCUCGCAAGUACGAUGCCUUCAUUGCUUCCGAAGCUCUCAUCAAGCAGAUUCCCCGUCUCCUGGGUCCUGGUCUGUCCAAGGCCGGAAAGUUCCCUACUCCCGUCUCCCACGCUGAUGACCUGACUGGCAAGAUCAACGAGGUCAAGUCCACCAUCAAGUUCCAGCUCAAGAAGGUUCUCUGCAUGGGUGUCGCCGUCGGCAACGUCGGUAUGGAGCAGGAGCAGCUUGUUGGCAACAUCAUGCUUGCCAUCAACUACCUGGUCUCUCUCUUGAAGAAGGGCUGGCAGAACGUUGGAAGCCUUACCAUCAAGGCUUCCAUGUCUCCUCCCAAGCGCCUCUACUAAAUGGUCGUGGCACUUUUAGGCUCCGUUUGAGGUGUCAAGUUACAAUUAUACCUAUGCACGACGUGUGGGAUGGCAUAGUUUAAGUCUCGAACAAUAAUAUUAGCCUUUUUUUUUUUUUUUU